AUGCUCGGUAACUCACAAGCCCAACCAGGAUCACGAAAGCUUGCUUGCACCAAAGAGCCAGAAGGCUGUUCGCGGUGCAUGAGAGAGGGUCUGAGAUGUGUCUACUCGCCUCAGAAGCAGAUGGGUCGGCCGAGGAAGCGUAGACAUGUCGAAGAAGCCGCAGGGCAACCCUCGACGAAACCGCAAAGCCAGGAGCAGCUGCCGCAAGUGCCACUCAUCACACAACCGACCUUAGACACCGAUUUCUCUGCCUUCUUCAACCAGGACUUCAACAUGGACUACCUUGACCUGCUCUCUCCCCUGAACGGGCUGCCGGGUUCGACGCUGCCGCCUGAGCUGUCGAGCCUCAACACCAUGGCUUACACCGAGCCACGGUACCCUACUGGAGACUUCCAGUUUGGGGUUGGGGGUGUUGACCUGUUAGGUGGCAUCAACUUCGACGAAAGUGACUCUGCUGACGAGGACUUGCCUCAAGAUAUCAGUAAAAGUUUAACAGAAUUGCUGUCGGCGCAAGUGCCCGACAAUCUCUCUGUCUCACCCACCGCAUUGUCAGAUUCUUCCAAUACCAUCAACAACAGCACGCCAGAAUCAUCAUCUCCCAAGACGAAUGACACGAAUUCUGAACCCGAAAACGAGGGCACUAUCAUUAAGGCGUACGCCAACAUCUCGUGUUCAUGUCUUUCCCAGAUAUUCCUCUCCCUCGACGCCCUGUCACGACUUCCGAACGACGUCAAGAUCGCCAUGACCAUGGCUAGGCAAGCCUCCCGAACAGCCCACGACGUUAUCAAUUGCCCGUUGUGUGCAAAUACCGAUAUUUCGAAGCCUCCUCCCAUGCAGUCAUUUCAGAACAUGAUGAUGCUGGGCACGAUCCUCCCAGCAACAGCUAAUGCGUACGCCAAAAUCCUCGAAUUAAUCGACGACGAGGCCACACGGGCCAAACAAGAAAAGCGAAAAAUCACAUUCCGAUUCGCCGAGUACGGUGGUCUCUGGGGCGAAAUGAGCAGAGGGGACGAUGAAUGCGGUGCUGUCGAAAGAUAUGAUAACCGCGAGAUGGACCCCGACAUCUGGAGGCAGUCGGUCAGAGCUCUUCUGAAGAUUGACGUCUACGGAUACGAUUUCGAACGGAAGGAUUCGACGGGAAAGAGGGCGCCGUACCACCACUUUGGUCUCAGGGACGCCAUUAAAGAGAUGGAGGACAGAUCAAACAACCGACACGAUGCACUGGACGCAAUGGUGGCGGCGGGCCACCCACACCCAAUGCUCCAUACGCAGUACAGUCUGAUGGUGCCGGAAAACAAGAGCGACAGCAAGGAGGACCGGAAUUGCUUGAAAAUCAUAGAGAUGGCCAGGGUUGCUUUGGACAAGCUGGUGAUUGCUUAG